UUUUAGAUCAUAAAAAUGUUAUAAAGUAAAAUAAAAACAAAUAACAAAAAUAGUGAGGUGCGACGUUCGUGAGUGUUCAUUAUCGAGUGCUAGUGAUGCUACAUGUACCAUGUGGGAGUACCUGGCAGUGUUGCUCAUCGGCUUCUGGCUCGGUGUUGCCAUAUUCUUGUACAUCUCCUGCUACUGGCUUGAGGAGAUCUUAGAUCUCCCCCCUCCCCGCAACGCGUCCCCCUCGCCGUCGCACGGGCUGGGCGCGAGCGGCGCGCACGUGCAGCUCAAGCGCCUCGUCGCCAGGGUCGUGGAGGAGGCAGCAGCGCUACCAGCCCUAGCAAGAUAUGCGUCUGAACCACACACGCCCACCAUCGAGUCUUCUACCUACGAAGAUUUGCUGGCAACGGCCAUUUUGAAUAAGGUGAUAGAGCGGUACCAGAACGAGAAUGGUUCUGGUGGUCGCAGCAGCGGCAUCCACUCGGCGAGCGCCAGCCCCACGCCGUCCGAGCGCUCCUCACCACGCUCGCUGCCCUCCAGACACACCAGGGAGAGGGACAGGGACAUCACGCCACCCCUCCAAGAAGAAGACGAUGUGUCUGACUGGGAAGAGGGGGAGGCUACAGACGAAGCUCUGGAGGUGCCGCGACGAGUGCCUUUCCCAGAAUUUGGAGGCGACAUCGUGCAUAACACAGAUAAUGAAGUUCGAGAAUUCGAUGAUGUCUCGGGCAGCAACCUACAAGCGGUAGACGGUACAUGGGAAGAGAAUUGGUUAUUCCAGAAAAAGAAAAUCAAGACUAUACAAUCUGUUCCAGUUCCUAUGCUAGUGCCAAACUCAAACACAGAGUACCGAGCUCUGAUCGGUGAUAGGGACGCUGACGACACGACAGACCUGUCAGACAAUGCCAGCGACUCAGAAGAACAGGCGGAAUAUAAGAGUGACAUGCACAGAGUGUUGGAAUCCAAACACGUCAUUGGAGGAAUACCUAAAGUAGAAGACACAGACUUUGAACCAGACAGUCUGACUGUCAUCGAAGGAGCCGAAGACUUUGAUGAACUAGUCGAAAAGCUUGACGAUGACAAGACAGUAGACGCAAUCAUUAAAGAAAUUAAUGAUAGUAACGUUACUAUUGUUGAAACAGUCAAUGUCAAUGCGACAGACCAAGUCGACGGUGGAAAGUUAGUGAUCAGCAUUGAAAGUGGGCCACUAUCUAAAGCUGAGUUUGCGGUGAAAGAGGAAAUACACAGGACUUUAAUGAAUGGAAAUGUGGAAAACUUUGCAGAGGACUUAACUAAAACCAAUGGUGAAAUAUACAACGACGUCACUGAUUCAAUGAACAAUGUUGAUAGCUUCAUAAGCAACAAAGAAUCAACAAACACGUUGAACCAUCAAGAGCGCGAGGGUGAGUACGAAGAAACAGUGACGGUGCCGGUGCAGAGGUACGCGGACAGUUUGCGGAGGAAACACUUCGACGAUGAACCUCAAGAGAUCCCGACUCGUGACACAGAUCAAGAUGACGAAUUGAUACCAGGUUCAAUAGCAUACAGAGAACGCAAGAAGUGGCUGAACUACGUAGAAAUGCCAAACAACCCGUAUUCACCAGAAGCCAUCCAAAAAAGACUAUCAAACAAAAAUACUGGAUCACUCUUUGAUAUGUUUACUGCCAAGAAAGACUUAGAAGGUGACAAAAUUGAAAUACCAGAUAUGGAAGACAAUGAAAUCGAAACUAACGGAGUUUCAGAUAAAGAAAUCAAUCAUAAUAAAUUAAGUUUAACCAUGAGUAAUGACAGCAUUAACAGUAUUGAUAGAACAACAAAAAGUCCAUCGCCUAGAUCAUUAAAAGACAUCGUUGCCGACGAAAUUCCACAAUACAAACGUUACGGGCGCGACUAUUACAUACGGGAGGCGAAGGCGUCGUGCGGCGGACGCAAGAAGGCGAGCGCGAGCUCGACGAGCUCGGUGUCGUCCAUGUCCAUGAACAAAUCCACCAGUUUAGACAAUUUCGAUACAGAGUUCGCUUCGCCUGUAAGUGCCAGCAGUUCGUUGAGCGACCUCGAGGCCUCCGCCCUACAUCACAACAUCGUCCGCAACGUACUCAGCCCUAGAAAUGCGAGCCCCAACUUCGCUAUAAAUCCCAUUUUCGAAAACCCCGAUAGACAAAAUGAUAACGCUGACGAAAAUCAUGCGACAGACAAAUGUUAUGUCGGUCAAAAUGCCAACGGACUUCUUAUAACACAGUUUAACGUUAUAGCAACAAACCAACAUUACACAAAAUUUGUUGGCAAAGAGGAGAUGGCAUCGCUAACUUCUACAAUUAACAAUAAAGAUGACAUUAUGAUUGAAUACGACGAUGCUAACGAACAAACACUAUUCUCCGCCAAACCUGUCUUGAUCGAUGACGAAGCAACUGACAAACAAUUCGAAGAAAUUUUAGAAACAGCCUAUAAAGCAGCGCCAACGGAACCUCCGCCGCCGAUACCAAUACAUGAGAGCGAGGAGAGAAUCGAUGAACCCCUCAAAUCACCCCUCAGCGUGGACACUUCUUACAUAAGUACGAGCAGUUUAGAAGACUCGAUAAAAAUCUACAACGUCCAAACAGGAGAGAUUAUGAAGUGUAAGCCUGAUAACUUAUCGCCGAGUUAUGAGAACAACACGAAUGACAACAUCGGUAUUGUUGAUAAGAGCAUCUCUGAGCCUGAUAGCGCCAGUCCGACCGACGGAGUGCACGAAGACACUCUGACAGCAGAACCUGAGGUGACUAAGUCUGAGCUGUUUGAAUCUGAUGACAUUUUACUGCAUCUGCCCAAAGUAAAGGAGCUGGCUAAGAAAUUCGGUACUAUGGAGCAUUUAGAAGAAUCAACAAAGAUGCCACAACUGGCAACAAGACGGCGAAAGAGCAAAGAGAAUCUUCUAACAGAAUUCAAGCCAGAGAAGAACAAGCAGAUGUACAUGCACAGUCUCACAGCCAGGAGCAUCUCCAAGGAGUUCCGGGAGGAGCUGAAGCUGUCCAUGUCCACGCCGCUCACCGUACCGGGCGGAGCUAAGGAGAUCCCUGAGGGCAUCGAGGAGGUCACCAAGGAGUCCAGUAGACCCGGCAGCCCGCUACCAGAGCCCGGCACCAUCAAAACAAAACUCGCCUUCUUCGAAAGUCUCAAGACAAAGUUCAGUAGUAAGUGAAGUACUCGUUAGGUUGGAAAGCGAUGCCAUAUAAACAAAUUAUGUAAGAUAUUAACGUACUAAUUAGGUAUACGUGUAAAAAGUUUAGCAUAAUCAAAUCUAACUGGAACUUAAAAAUGAUCAAAUCAACUCGCUUUAGUCAUCGCAUUAGCUUCUCAGCGUAGAGAUACUUCACUUAUCGUAGUUCUCACUAGGAUACCCAUGUCUUAUUCAGGCAGAGAGAUUUUAGCAUGAUUUUCUGUACAUCGCGUGCUGUCUAUCGCAGUAGUUUGACUACAACUUGUUUGUUAUGAUCUAAACAAGUAAUGUAGUAAAAACACUCAAUUGGGGGAGUUGAAAUAAACUUAAUAGUUUGUAUAGUAGUGCAUAAUAACGGUCACAUAAUUUAAAUAAAUUAAAAAGUAGGUUACGGUGUAAAUAUUAAGUGCCAUUUUGUAAUCAUUAUUUUUCAUUUAUUUAAGUAACGUCGGUGUUAUGAUGUGUAGAAAGUUUAUGUUUUGAAUUUAUUUAUUUAUUUUACUUAUACAUUCAUCGCCAUAUUAAUUAUUGAAAAAUAUGCAAAUAUCCUUCGAUUACAUCUCACAGAUUUGUAAAUUACUAGGAAAAAAAUGGACUUUAAAAUUGCAUUGCUAAAUUAUCAUACUGAACUUUUAAUAUUUCCUCAUUAUAAAAUAAUACGAAAUUGUUUAACAAAAAUAUAACUGGAACCCAGUCUGAAAACCGACACAAGUUGUGAUAAUCCUGCUUAAAAACAACUGUACCUAAAACUAGAUUUAAGUUACACUGCACAUUUAAAACAUAACCUUCCUGUGGUAACAGAAUAACAUCGACUAUUUAGCUAAUGCCAAAGUUGUAAAUAACUAAUAUAACUGGGUAUGUAUAGUGGUUGUGUAUAAUGUAUAAUAUAAAUGUACUUAUAGUGCAAUAAGUUAUUAUAGACACUGACAUUGUGAUACGGCGUCCGGUGAACGCCACGGGACUAUACAUGUUGGAUAGGGGCAUACAAUAAAAGUUAUGAACUGUA